CCGUCCCCGAACCUUCAUAACCAGCUAACCAGCUUUUGCUUACCCAAUAGUCAUGGCCAUCGAUUCUAAAGACCCAGAUGGUGAUUCGGAGAUGGCCUCCUCGGUUGACUCGGUUUCUGACGUCCCCGGCAAUGGCGCGCGCACCCCAACUCACAACCCGCAAGCUACUGCGGCCGCCGCAUCGGAGCUCUCCCCGCCUGGUUCACAACCUCAACAAGCCCCCAGUAUCACGUCAACGAACAAGCCGAAGGGACCUGAGCUUGUGACAGGUAAUGGACUCGCUAAGGCGACCGAUCACGUCGUCGCGGCGUGGAAGGGCAAGCGUGCGAAGGAAGACUUUCAGCGGGCAAUGGACCAUGUAGUUGACAAGGACUUUAACACCAAUGAAUUUGGCGAUCCAUUCGAUGAGCGCGAUUUGAACGAGCCACUGCUGUGAUAGAGUAUGGGA